CUGCAACUUUCUUAGCUGCUUCUUCUCUACUCAUUCUCUACACAUCCCUGCUUAUUGAGUAUCAAAGUAUUGCCUGUACCUGCCGUUGCAAUGGCUCGCGGCGCCGCAACACCACCGACAGUACCGGAUUCCCCGCGCAUGUCGGAAUCACCACCUCCAACAGGUGUCCAGGGCGAGCUAGAACUCGAGCUCAUGGGGCUUGCGCACGCGCUGUACAACCUCGGAACCACAGUGGUGAAUGAUCUGACCAAGGAGAAGGACAAGCCUGGGAGUAGUGGGAAGCAAGUUGGGAUGAGAGUCAACGAAGUGAUCCACCACCUUGCGACCAUCGACGAUAUGUCACAGCAUGUGCACACCAUGGUGCCAAUGCAAGUGCUCGCGGAUAUCGAUAAUUCGCGCAACCCGCUGCUGCUGACAAGGGAGCGAGUCGAGCGCGCGGCCACGGAGAACCAAUUUAUGAACGGGAAGAUCCAGGCUAUUGAUUCAUACCGCGGACACUUGGACGACGUGCUCUCACAGACGUUCCCGGAGCUCGCGCAGUACCUGUCUGCGUCAGGGUCCAGCCAUGCCACGCACAUGAAUAUGAGCUUUCCUCCGCCAGAGGACCCCGAUCAGAAGCCUUCGAAUGGCUUUCACAGCGGCUGAACGGCGCCCAGGGCAUUUGUUUCAUCUACCCCCCUCUGCCCCCUCAGACACAUGGCCACAAGGCAGCCUCCGACAGCUGGUCGGGAAAGCGAAUGCACACUCGUCUUUCGGGCGUCCUCGGACACAGAUUGGUUGCGCCGGAUGUCAUCGCGCGAUGCGCGUUGCAUGCUGUGCCCGCUAGGCCACACAGUAGUCCUGAACAGCGCUGCGACUUUCGGAGAUGGGUUUUGCGGUACAACGUAACCAAGCCGGGUUGAUUGCAUGAUUGCUGCUAUGGUAUAUAUGUGUCCGAGUUGUAUGUACGCUCCCCAACUGUCUGCGGUGGUGUCCGACUGUACUACGGCUCUAGGCUGUCUUGCGAGUAGCUGUAGCAUAAUAUUAUGGCUGGAAUGUCACUAUAGCCUGUGGACGAA